ACGCCGCUAUAUUUGUACGCUAAAUAUUAAUAUUAAUAUCUAUUCUUAUUUAGAAAAUUGGUGUUUUAGCGGAAAAGUUAAAGAACAUAAAAGCAUGUAGUAAGAUCAUAAGAUCUCCAGGAAAAUGCAAUGUGCGUGACAUAGAGCUGAUGAAAGAAGUCUUGACUUUAAUAGGUGAUGAACAUUCGACAGGUGCAAUUGCGAAAUUGGAAGAGAUUGAAGAAAAUCUCCGAAGAUCUACGUCAGAUCAUUCAGAUGAACUGGCAGGUAGUACAGAAAAGUGGAGCAUCGUGUCUGAUGUAAAACCCUUGGAAAAAGUACCUGUACCACUGGUGAUUGAAAGUUACAACAUAGCAGUAGAUGAAUACAUUGAAAAAGCUGAUAAAGCAUUAAAAUGCAAGGGAGCUUGUGACGAACAUGUAUCUAUAACGAUUCUUGCUGAACAAAAAGUAGACGUUUGUAAAAAGGUUGGAGGCAAGAAUAUUAAGAAUCAAUGUAUUUUAAAAACAGUAUUUGGAAGAAACAUACCGCAGAAAUUCAUUGUCUCUAAGGCGAAGACCCCCGACAGGGAAAAAAGGAAAGAUGCAAAACCUCAAUGGGACGAGUAUGAAUGGCUCAUUUAUAAUAUUCUAAAAUUCUUUCAACAGAAAUCAGAUAAGAAAACUGGAAAUCAGUCUUUUUACAGUGAGAAAACAAAUACAUUUUCUAACAUUUUCGUUGUUUCUAAGGCAUUUUUAAGCAGACUGAACUUAUCCCUACAAACACUUGGUAAUUAUGUCCGAGAGAAUGCCCAGUUGCCAAAUCAACACAAUCUUUUCAUUUUUGACUUCCAAGACCCAGAGAUCCGACAGGAGUUUAAUAGUAUUGAUGAAAUACUACAGAUACACACGGUUAUGACACUGGUGGGCGGAGAAAAAGAAAUGAUAGAUAUAGAACAGUUAGGAAUGCCUUCUGUUUUUCUGACCCUGCGUUCAGUCGAUGGACUUGUAAUAAGUGACACACCUGGGACAAUACACUCAAGCGGCUUCUCAAGAACGAUGCAGAAAAGUAUUCACAAAUGUAUGAGUAAACUAGGAAAAAACAAUCUUUCGAAGUUGACUUUUGAUCACGUUUGCCUUGAAGACCCGUCAACGAGGGUCAAGCUAUCUUUUAUUCCAAGCCUGAAAAGGUUGGUUUUGAAGUCAUGUAGAUUCACACCUGUCUUGUCUAGUUCAAUAUUAUCAAUAGAGAUAGAAGAAGAGGAAGGGACGUUGGCAUCCUAUCUAAACCGACUGAAUCUGAUAUUCCCAUUAGCAGUCCAAACAUGUCCUAGAUUAGAGUAUAUCGAAACUUCAAAAAUUAAGAUUGGAAGUAAACAAUUCUCCAUCAAGUUAGAUAAGGAAACCUUGGAAACUGAUAUGAAAAAUUGUUGCAGGAAAACUUUGACUGAAUGUAAUACGGAGAUAGCAUUGACAGUACUGGAUCAUUAUAUCUCGAAAAUACUGGACAACGCAAAGUGCAGCUUCAGAGAUUAUGAAAAUGCCAAUGAAGUAGAAAGAAAAUCCAUUCUUAAAGGAGUGUGUUACGGUCUUAGUAACUCUGAUCCCAACUUAAAAGUAUACCCAGCCGUUUAUUAUGGCGAAAAAAGAGAGACUGUGCUAGUUUGUUACAUGAGAGAAAAUUUUGACGUUGAUAACGAAUGCGUUUGGGGGCAGAAAUUUCGGGGAUUUAAGACAUAUCGAAAAAGUUACGACCAUGUCACUACAGAAUCAUCAGACAGGGAUUAUCCAGUAACAAACGUAGAUGAACUAAAGGAAUAUUUUGAAAACCACUCCAAAAAUGUAGAAGAAACGAUACGUGAACAUUCAACGGACCUCAUGAAAAAGCACAGUAAUUUAGAAAUGAUAGGAAUCUGUUUUAAGAACAACAAAGAAGACAAAACGGAUUCAUCUGGCAAGCCGUGCAUUGCGCUAUAUGUGAGGUUGAAAUCCUUUGUUCCAUAUGGUGAAAGUCUCUUCCCAUCAGAAUUAUCGCAUCUUUCAAAAAAAGGAAUUGUCUUCAAGACAGAUGUAAGGGAAGAUUAUUUCGUGUCUCUUGCUGAUUCUGCAGCACAGAAUUCCGAUCCCAUGAUGAAAGCUUCACAUUUAGCUAUGGGCUGUAGUAUCGGCUUAAAAGGAAAUGAAAUCGCUGCGUCUCUCGGACCAUUUGUAGAAUUUAAAAGAAACUCUGAAACGGAAUUUGGAUUUUUGACUGUUUGCCAUCUAUUCAGCGUACCUAGAAACUAUCGAAAUGCCAUUGGUAAAGAAGUUGUCCAACCUUCCGAAUCAGACCUAUUCGUUGAUCUGAAUCAACGAAGUCCCAGGCAAGAAACAAACACAAGUUCAGUUUGCGGGAAAGUAGUUGCUUGCUGUUAUGAUGAUAAUGUGGACGCAAGCCUUGUGCGAAUCACUGAUCGGGCUCCUUACACAGGACUGUUUUGUUAUAGAAAAGGAGAUCUUCGGUUAGCAGGUUUUUCCAGAGAAGGUAGAAUACCAAAAUACACGGAUGGCUCAAUGAUAAUUGACUUAAACCAAUGUAAGGGAAAAACACUUGUCAAAUUUGGGAAAAGUACUUAUCUCACAAGUGGCAAAUGUCUGCUUCAAAAUUCGGCUGUAAGAACAGGCGAUGCUACUGUCGACGUAACAUGUCCAACUUCUGGUGCUGUUCAUAGUCAUAAAAUGUUUAAUCAGUUUCAAAUCAAAGAAAUCAGCUGGACAACUUUUGCUGAUCGUGGUGAUUCGGGGGCAGGUGUGUUUCUUGUAAAUGACGAUAAAAGUCUGUCAUGUGUUGGCAUGGUAGUUGGAAAGACAAAACAAAGUGGCUAUUGUGUUGCUACUCCUAUAACAGCAAUACUUGACAGUCUGUCUAGGGAGUAUUGUUGUGAUGUAACUCUCAAAGAAUUCACUUGAAAAUUUAUUUACGGAUGUGACCAUGUAAAGAAAAAAGAAAUCUAUGUUCUAGAUCUAAUUGUUAUUUUAAAGUAUUUGUAUUUUGUAUCGAUAAGGUGGGCCGGUGGUCUAGUGGUAACACGCUUGACUGUCAAUCCAGAGGUCCGGGGUUCGAAUCCCGGUCCAGGCACUGGAAAUUUCUGAGAUGCUCUUGAGUGUCUCCCACCUAACUAGAGGCCUGUACUGGUUCUUUCCAGGAAAGACGGCUUCGCGUGUAUCGGUGCUAUACACCGGAAAGAGCUGGGCUAAGUUAGCCGGACACGUCUGUAUCUGAAAAGUUCUCUCUGUCUGUGGGCUUUAUCUCACUCUUGACCAGAAAACUAAAUACGUAAUUCAGAAAAGAGAACAAAGAUCCGAUAGGAAAACACCUAAAAUACUGUAUAGAUGAAAAAGUUUGCGACGUGGAAAAUUCGCGAAAGUAUCAGCCAGCUUACAUUUCCACGUUCACCAAGACAUGUCAUUAUAGUCAAGUAAAGAUAAACAAUCUGAGGUUCGAACUUCACUUUUCGACAAUUCGUGAAAAUUUCUGCCCGCAAAACGUCUUGAAUUGGCAAACCGCGAACUUUUGACCCUCGAAUAUAUCCUCCUAUACAGUAGUGUAGUUAAGUGUGUAUUGAUCAUAGACAUGUACACAAAAAUACAUAGACAAUAAUUAAACUAACUUAGAUAAAUAUCACAUAGGAACACGUACAGUGGUCUGCCGCCUGGGAACGGUCAGCGGUAAAAUCGGGGUGUUCAAAGGCGGCCUAUAUCUUAGCAGUGGGUCAAGGGUAUUCUGAUUUCAUUGUAGCAGCAGGGGCCAGAUCACAUUUUGGUUCUAACAUACAAGGUUAUAAACUAACUAGGAUGGCAGUCAGCCAUGAAAUUGCAUUAGCACUUGUAAAUUUGAAAGAAGAAAAUAUUAAAUAGUUUAUAUGUGAUACAUUACCAUACAUAUGCAUGGCAUUUUUAUCAUUAAAAGUUCUUACCCAUAAAAUAUCAAAAGGUAAAAAUACACUCUAUGACGGCAAUGAACCAGCGCCUCGCGUCUCAAAGUAGCCCAGCCACAAAUAGAAUCUGUAAUGGAAAAAUGUAGUAAACGGGUUGCUUCAAAUAUCCAUCAAGAAGUGUCCAAAAGGAUCCAAAACAAGCAGAUAUGCAAGAAACAAUACCCCACGCAAUGAGCGUUAUUGUAUAUGUUGUAACCAACUUGAUAUUGAAGAUGAGUAUCAUUCUGUGUGUAUAUGCCCGUGUUAUACUGUUAUUAGACAAAAAUACAUUAAGCCUUAUUAUUGUAUUCAUCUAUCUGUGUUUAAACUUUGAAACUCUGUUAAUAUAAAGCUAUGCAAUUAUGUCAAGGAAGCAUUAUGUAUUCGUAAUGCUAUUUUAAACAUUAUAUGUUCAUCAUCUGUUAGCAUAUUAUAUAUUUUUCGUUACACAUUAGUAUCAUAAAUAUGAACAUGUACAUGUUCAUAUUUCCUCUAUCAUAUGAAUAUAUACUUUUCAUUUGUAUGUUACACUAUUACCAUGUAUAUACACGUGACAUGUUAAAAAUGUUUAAAGAUGUGUUUAGACAAUGUAUUGUAUGUAUAAGUUUUAAUAAAAGUCUGUUCUGUUC